UUUAUAUGGCAACACUCUUCUCACGACGCCGCCGACGCCAUUAUUGUGAAAUCACAAAAUUGUGUUUUUGAAAAUAAAAUUCACGUGUAUUUAGCGUGAAAAACUUAAAAACACAGUUACCGUAAUAUACGUAAUUAGUAAAUCAUGGCUGACAAUGACGAUCUUUUGGACUACGAAGACGAGGAGCAGGCAGAGCAGCAAACCGCCGACGGAGCGACGGAAGCGGCGCCAAAGAAAGAGGUUAAGGGAUCCUACGUAUCUAUCCACAGCUCCGGCUUCAGAGAUUUCUUGUUAAAACCCGAAAUAUUGCGAGCUAUAGUCGAUUGCGGUUUCGAGCAUCCCUCAGAAGUGCAGCAUGAAUGUAUUCCGCAGGCCGUCCUCGGUAUGGAUAUCCUUUGCCAGGCCAAGUCCGGUAUGGGUAAGACAGCUGUGUUUGUCUUAGCGACGCUUCAACAGAUCGAGCCGUCGGAAAACCAUGUGUACGUGCUCGUUAUGUGCCACACUCGUGAGCUCGCGUUCCAAAUCAGCAAAGAGUACGAGCGUUUCUCAAAAUACAUGGCUGGCGUGCGAGUUUCUGUGUUUUUCGGUGGAAUGCCGAUCCAGAAGGACGAGGAGGUGCUGAAGACAGCCUGCCCGCACAUCGUCGUCGGCACGCCGGGCAGAAUCCUGGCCCUAGUCAACAGCAAGAAGCUCAACCUGAAGCAUUUGAAACACUUCAUCUUGGACGAAUGUGACAAAAUGUUGGAGUCGCUCGACAUGAGAAGAGACGUCCAGGAGAUCUUCAGAAAUACACCCCACGGGAAGCAAGUGAUGAUGUUCUCCGCUACAUUGAGCAAGGAAAUCAGGCCAGUGUGCAAGAAGUUCAUGCAAGAUCCUAUGGAGGUGUACGUAGAUGACGAAGCUAAGCUGACAUUGCAUGGUCUGCAGCAGCACUAUGUUAAGCUAAAGGAGAACGAGAAGAACAAGAAACUGUUUGAGCUGCUGGAUGUAUUGGAAUUUAACCAAGUAGUGAUAUUUGUGAAGUCUGUGCAGCGCUGCAUAGCUCUAGCUCAAUUGCUGACCGACCAGAACUUCCCUGCUAUUGGAAUCCAUCGCAACAUGACCCAGGACGAGCGUCUGUCCCGCUACCAACAAUUCAAGGACUUCCAAAAGAGAAUCCUUGUUGCUACUAAUCUGUUUGGACGUGGCAUGGAUAUUGAACGAGUCAACAUAGUCUUCAAUUACGAUAUGCCUGAAGAUUCCGACACCUACCUGCAUCGUGUGGCGCGCGCCGGACGAUUCGGUACCAAAGGCCUGGCCAUCACCAUGGUAUCUGACGAAGGUGACGCUAAGAUCCUGAAUGAAGUGCAAGACCGCUUCGAUGUCAACAUUACCGAGCUACCCGAAGAGAUUGAGUUAUCUACCUACAUUGAAGGGCGAUAGAUUUAGCUUUCCAUUCCAUAAUACCAAUUUUGUAAUUACCUAAUCAUAACUGUUUUCCUCACUACAGUGACUAGAAUAAGUUGUUUGGUUUGUAAAAGUUACAUCUACCUGAGUGUAGGGCCCCACGGUCAAUACCUUUAAAUUACUAAUAGUAGAAAUUAAGUAAAUAAAGUUAAUUAAAGUGACAUUUGAUAUUGUGA